CAUCCUCAGCAUCAUCGCAACAACUUCCACUACAAACCUCUUGGUAUGUGAACAAUUUACCCCUCCAUCUCCAUCAUCAUCAGCACCACCAGCACCACCACCCAUCAGCGUCAUAACAUGAUGAUGAUGCAUUACUUUGCCUCAACUUCUCCUCUUUGCCUCUCCACCAGCAAACAGAUUGUCAUGUCAUAUCAUGUCUACAUUCGAUCCAACAUAAUGAGAAGACGAUACGACGACACGUCAAUCGAUAUGGGUGAUGGAUUGGUUGGCAUUGGCAUGGAUGGCACGACAUGGCAUUGGUGUUGCUACAGAGAGGGGGCAGACGGGAGGGAGAGAGACGAAGCCCCUUCCGGGGCAUUGAGCUCUGUAAUUCAGAGCUCUAAGGUACUCUGUCUCUUCUCUCUCUCUCUCUCUCUCUCUCUCUCUCUCUCCCUCUCUCUAGUCUCAUCUGCUUGCCCCUCCUUUGCACCGACGUUCCAAUUCCAAUUCCAGUCCACACCCACUUUCACUUGCUCUUUCCCUGUGGCAACCUUCCUCAGCAAAAAAAGCUUCCGUUCCACUCAACCUCCGUCAUACAGAUAUAAAUUACCCCACCCCCUCACCUCAACCUUCACCUCAGCUCUUCUCUUGCUUUUUUCUUCUCUCCAUCUUACUUCAUCUAUCUUCAUCCUAAGAAUAUCUCAUCUGACUCUCUUUCCUCAACAGAAACUACCAUUUCUUCUACAAUAAUCAAAAUGGCUCCCAUCAAGGUCGGCAUCAACGGUUUCGGUCGUAUCGGCCGUAUCGUCUUCCGCAACGCCGUCGAGCACCCCGACAUCGAGGUUGUUGCUGUCAACGAUCCUUUCAUUGAGCCUCACUACGCCGUAA